AUGUCUUCCUGCGCGUCCAGCUCCGCUGCCGGUUCUUUCUCCUCGGCAGCCUGCGGCGGAUCCUCGAGGGUACAGGGACGUGCCUCCUCCACCUCCUCCUUCUUGCUCGGUUUAGGGCAUGGCGUCGGGGAGGGCUCCUUCUGCCCUUCGUCUCCGGGCGGGUACGCGCCGUCGAGCCCGCUGGUGAGGAUGAGGAUGGCGCCGCCUCCGCCGCGCGCUGCUUCGCCGGACUACACCCCGUCGAGUCCUCCCCGUCGGGCUUCUUCGCCGGACUACACCCCGUCGACGCCUUCGCCCCGGGCGGCAUCGCCGGACUACACCCCGUCGAGUCCUCCCCGUCGUGCUGCUUCACCGGACUAUUCCCCGUCGAGGCCUUCGCCCCGGGCGGCGUCGCCGGACUACACCCCGUCGAGUCCUCCCCGUCGGGCUGCUUCGCCGGACUACGCCCCGUUGAGUCCUCCGCGGGGCGCCGCGUCGCCGGAUUACACCCCGUCGAUGCCUCCAUGGCGUGCUGCUUCGCCGUACUACACCCCAUCGACUCCGCCCAGGGCUGCAUCGCCUGACUACACUCCGACGACUCCUCUGCGGCGGGCCGCUUCGCCGGACUACACGCCGUUGACUCCUCCACGGCGGGCGGCAUCACCUGACAACACCCCGUCGACUCCUGCGUGGCGGGCGGCGUUGCAAGACUACAGCCCUGAGACGCCACCGCGCGGGGCCGCGUCGCCCAGCUACACCCCGGUGACUCCCCCGCCCCGCGCCGCAUCUCCGGACUACAUGCCGUUGUCCCCUCCUCGCCGAACCGCCUCGCCGGACUACACUCCAUCGACGCCCCCGCGCCUCGCCGCAUCACCCGACUACACUCCGGCGAGCCCUCCACCCGGUGCGGCGUCGCCAGACUACAUACCAUCGACUCCGCCCCUCGCCGCGUCACCCAACUACUCUCCGGCGAGCCCUCCAUCCCGUGCGGCGUCUCCGGAGUACAUCCCCAGCACGGCGCCACCGUCGGCUGUGCCGUCCGGUGCAGAGUCUGGCACGUCCCGGCUGCGGCGCCGCCACCACCCGUACAAGAGGAGCGGCUCCGGCAGCGCCUGCUGGUUGAAAGCGGCCCAGGUCACCGGCGGCCGGCAUCGCCAAGUCUUCCUGCACGGAUACUACUAG